AUUACUUAUUUUAAUUUUUAAUUUUUUUUUUUAGUUGUAGUUUUUUACUAUAAAAUUGAAACGAAAAUUGUGAUUUUCGUUAUUAGUACAUCAUACAAUUAUUGCCUAUGUAAUUAUUCAUUAUCCACAAUAAGUGACUGCCUACCUAUUCAUUAAAGUCGAUAGUUAAAGUAUAUAUAUAUAAAUAUAAUAUAAUAUAUAUUUUCCAUAUCUGCGCUUUGUAAAUCGUUACACACAUAAUAGCAUUUCAAUAUGCCUGGUUCAUUCAUUUAUGCCAGAAGCGAAUACAAUAUUUUUGUAUUUAUUUAGGAUAAUAUUCAUCAUGGGUUCGGUUAAUUGAAACUACUUUAUAGCCAGUAGUCAGAUCGCGACCAAAUAUGGAUAUAACGCCAAACUCUGACGGAGGAGUUCUCAAAGAAUUAUUGAAAGAAGGCCACGGAACGGAUAAGCCCCAUAAAGGAUGUAGAGUUUACGUAAGUUAUGUUGGCACGUUUCCUGAUGGCACGGUAUUUGACAGGACUAACGCCAGUGCUCCGUUUCAAUUCACCCUCGGAAAAGAUAUGACGAUAAAAGGUUUUGAAGUGGCAAUAUCCACCAUGACUUGUGGAGAAAUUUCCAAGUUUGAUUGCCAUCCAGAUUACGCUUACGGUUCAGACGGCUUUGAAAAGCUAAUCCCUCCGAACACAUGGCUUACGUUUGAAAUACAACUGUUGAAAUGUACGUGGGAAGACAUUAGUCGUCGAAAAGACGGAAGCAUAACUAAACAAAUACUAGAACCUGGUACCGGUCACGUCACCCCCAGCAGUGUUUCUUUGGUCAAUAUAAAUGUACAAAAGGAAAAAAACGGCUGUGUUGUAAAAGAAGACAAUCUAGAGUUUAGAUUAGGAGAAGGCAAAUUGCACGGUAUAUGUCCUGGUAUAGAGCUAGCGUUGACUAAAUUCAAAAUGAAAGAGAAAUCAAGACUGUUCAUUCAUGAAAAACACACUUUACCAGAUCAAAACGACGAUAACUCAGAAGAAGUGUAUGUUGUCAAACUGAAUUUUUUCGAAAAGUUUGUAGAAAGUUGGUCGUUGACUAGUGAAGAUCGUAUAGAACAAGCGAAGUAUUUCAAACAAAAGGGAACCGAGUAUUACAAAAUGGAAAACUACAGUAUGGCACUUAAAUUUUACAAAAAAAUGGUAGACUAUUUAAAGAACGAUGUCUCGAUUAAUGAAAAUCAAUUGGAAGAAGUAAAACUCCUGAAACUAGUGUCGUAUUUAAAUUCUGCAAUGUGUAAUUUAAAAUCAAAUAGACACACCCAAGCGAAAAACGACUGUGAUAAUGCGUUAAACCUAGACCCGACCAAUGUCAAAGCUAUGUUCAGAAAAGGAGAGUCGUUAAUUGGUCUGCACGAACUAAUAGCGGCUAAACGGUGUUUUCAAGAGGUUUUGAAACAAGAACCAAACAACCGUGCGGCUGCAACCAAAAUCAACGAAUGUGAUAAUAAAUUAAAACAUCAAAAGUCGUUGGAAAAAUCCGUGUAUUCAAAUAUGUUUGAAAAAUUUGCCAAAAGAGACACUGCAAAAGAAGAAGAAGCGCUCAGCCAACAACCAGAUGUAAUGAACACCCUCGGGGAAUGGGGCGACGAUGAACGAGAACGAGCACCGUCUGAUUUUGAAAAAGAACAUCCCAACGUAUUGAUGUUGAACACAACGGGUCUUUUUAAAAAUUUGUAACUUAUAAUCUUUGCAAUCUUACCGAUAGUUGAGAUAAAUAAAACCGUGCUGUUGAUUCAAAUUAAUUAAAUUAAAUAGACGGUACCAAUCGUUAAGAUGUUCAAUAACUGUUUUAUUUGUUCCAUGUUACACAUAAGGUAGGUUAAUUUUAUAUCUGAUAUAUUUUAAUUUUCGUUGGUUAGUUUUUUGAACACUUUUACAAUAUGUUUUCUAUUUCGUUUUAAAAACAACAAUAGUACAUUUUACUGCGACAACAAUUUUGACAAUGUAAUUUAAUAACCCGCUUGUUUUUUAUGAAAUCAACAUUGUUUUCAAGCAAUAUCUUGUUAGGCUAAUCUAAACUUGUUAAAUAGAUAGUUGUUUGUAUUUCCGUUUAGUAACCGAUACCAAAACUAUGCGAGUACGGCGAAUGCUUGAUUCCGAACGAAUGCGCCGGUGGCAGAUCAAUUGGAACCUAAAACAUAAAAUCAAUUCACGUUAAUCUAUUUGAAAGAGUUCAAGUUUAACAACUAUUUAAUAUCUCUGUUUGUGCAGUUACUCGUUUUUAAAUUACAAAUUUGAUUUUCCUAGAGUUAACCAAAUGAAUACAUUACAUACGACUACUGUACGUACUUCCAAUAUUAUUUCGCUCUCUAAACUACAAAGCUAUGUGUGUUUUGCAUAUUAUUAUCAUUAUCAUUUUUGUUAUCUAGUCUUAUUAUUUACUACUAUUAUUAUUAAUAAUCUAAUUAUCGUUGUGCUUGAUUUUAAAACCGUGAGAUAAACGUCUCUGUUAACUACUAAUAUAAACUGACUUAUUCUUGUUCGUAAAUGAUUCCUUCGUAUUGAGAAUGUCUUAUACCGAAUGAAUAAGCCGGUACCGACGGUUUUAACGUUGUCCCCUAAAAAUGUCAAAGAAAACCGUCAUUUGAACAUGUCAUCUUUUGUAAUAUGUAAUUGUUUUUUUUUUUUUU